AUGCAAAUGCAGCAAAUCCAUGUUGGGCUGGGGUGCGAAGGCUACGUGCCGGUCGCUCACCACCACGCCGACAAGGACAUCUAUACGCGGGAACAUGACGCCCUACAGGCCAGUCUCGUCAAUAGCUGUCCUGCUCACUUGUGGCCAAAGUCUUCUCACAAGGCCUCCUGUCCCCGGCCAAUCCUCAUCACCAAACACCACCAGACGCAACUGGCGGAGCUGCACGAGGCUCUGACCACGGCCAUUACCGACAUUGUCGAGCGGUGGUGGACCGACGGCGAGAGGCGAUUUCCCGACCGCAUGCCCCUGAGCCGCAACGAGGAAGACCUUUUACGGUGGCUCCAAGACCAGGCCCUGCAAGGAAACCUGCAGCAGUACUCGAAAUGCCGCGGCGCGUGGAGGCCAGACUUCAUGGUCGAGAAUGGCUGUGAGCAUGGCGCGCCGGUUGAAAACUUUCGCAUCACCGAGAUCAACGCCCGCUUCAGCUUCAACGGCUUUAUGCACCAGGCGUACGGGCAGCAGGCCCUCGACGACAUGGGCGUCAAGGCCCACGGGCUUGUUGCUGCGACGAGCCCAGCGAGAGUUUUCGAGGGCCUGUUCAAGCUCUUUCGAAUCGACGUCCCCCUCCACCUUCUCAAGGGCGACGAAAAGGGAAUGGAUAUUCACAUGAUGAUUCAUGACUUCCAGCGCCGAUUCGGGGUACGACCGCGGCUGACGACGCCCGCGGACCUCAGGCUGCUGCCUGACCCAGACAACAAGGGUCGGCAGAAGCUCUACUGCGUCGUCAGACCCGACGUCCGCAAUUCAUCUUGCGCCCUGAAAACGCACCAGGGCGAGCUGGUCGAGGAGAUCUUGCAGCUGGGCCUGGAGCUACACCAGCGUGAGCUGCUGGCGCUGGAGCCCGACAUGCUUCGUCAAGUCUGUCUGCUUUGCUUCAACGACAUGAGGACGCUUUUGUUGGUCCACGACAAGCGCAUGCUGGGCAUCGUGAGGGAGGAACUUGGGCCGCUGGUGGCGCGAAACGUGCUUUCCCAGGCCCAAGCAGACGUGCUCGACAGGGGAAUUGCGAAGACAAUCUUGGCCGGCUCGGCGGAGCUGCGACAGCUUCUCCUAGAGUCGCAGAGCUCUCCCGCAAUAAGGCAUCAGUAUAUCCUGAAGCCCAUCCGUGGUGGCAAGGGAGUUGGCAUUCUAUUCGGGGAUAGCAUUUCCGUGGACAAGUGGAUUGAUACCUUGGAGCGCAUGAAGAGUCCUGGCCUAGCGACUGAAGCUGCGUAUGUCGUACAGCGGCGCAUUACACCUCGGUUGUACGACAUGGUAUUGGACAGCUCCGGCGCAAGGGUGCGGUACGCUCUCGUCGGGACAUUUCACGUCGUACACGGAACGCUUGUUGGCCUCGGGAUAUGGCGAACCAGCGCUGACCGCAUCUGCGCCAUAAGUAGCGGCGGCUCGUGGCUGUGUUCUGUUGUACGUCGAGACUAA